CGAGGUGGCGUAGGCGGAGGGUCAGGGAGCCAGCUAGGACGGCGCAUUGUCAAUGUCCUCGUCCGUAGAGCUGCUGCAAGCUGCGACUAAUUUGCUCUGACCAGUCGCGAUCGAUCGCGAGUCCUUGCGGAUUUAUAGUUGACGCCAGUGCAGGACGAGGAGCAGCGCAGCAGCUUGCACGCAGAGGCUAAAUUCAGCUCCGAGCCUAUCCGAAUAGUGCAAUAGCACACAGCAAGGAGAGAAGAAGGUGAGGGAGGAGCAGUUCUGAAGGAAGAGUAAGGACUUUACUUUUUGGGUUCCUUUUCCAUGUCCCAGCUACAACACCAUCUGUGAACGAGGAAGUGGGGACGGGCGGACUGAUAGAGGAGGUCCAGGAGAGGAGGACAGAGUCACUGGACUUAUUUUGAACGGAAGGGGGAAACGUACGAAAUUGAGUCGUGGAUUUUUUCAUUAGAUUGGUUCUGAGAAGGUUUAAUUUUCAGCAAUCAGCAUUUGGGGAAGCCAGCAGUCGGAGUGCUUGGAAUUGAAAGAGCGCGUUGUACAGUGUAGUCUUCGUCGUUUGUGAAUUAUGGAGGUAGAAAACAUUCUGGGUAGCCAGCAGCUGGCCCCUCAAGAAAAUGAUUUGCCUGAGGCAACUUCCACGCAGGAAUCCGAUGCAGAAUUAAAGAAGAAGAAGAAGAAGAAAAAGAAGCCGGCAAAUGUAGCUGCUACAGAGGUUGUAGAAAGCAUUGGUGGAAUUCAGCUAAACUCUGGCAAGGAGGAGGAGGAUGGAGAAGGAGACGAGGCCCAGGCCGAUGCUCUCACAGAGACGGAUGCAGCAAAGAAGAAGAAAAGUAAGAGCAAGAGCAAGAAGAAGAAAGGACUCGUACAAACAGAUCCACCAAGUAUACCAGUCAAGGAUCUGUUUCCAAGUGGAGAAUUUCCAGAGGGCGAAACUCAGGCAUACAAGGAUGACAACUUGUGGAGAUCAACGUCGCAGGAGAAAAGAGAGCUGGAGCGGCUGGAGAAGCCAUUGUACAAUGCCGUGCGCCAGGCUUCAGAAGUGCAUCGUCAGGUCCGUUCUUACAUUAGAAAGUACGCCAAACCGGGUGUUGCCAUGGUUGAUAUCUGCGAGACUUUGGAAGAUAUGGUGCGGAAGCUCAUUGUUGAAAACGGCUUGAAAGCUGGCAUUGCGUUCCCAACUGGAUGCUCGCUGAACUGGGUUGCAGCUCACUGGACGCCCAAUUCUGGCGAUAAGACCGUGCUUCAGUACGAUGAUGUCAUGAAGUUGGACUUUGGUACCCACAUUGAAGGACGUAUUAUCGAUUGCGCCUUCACCAUAGCUUUUAAUCCAGUAUACGAUCCUCUACUCGAAGCAGUUCGAGAAGCUACGAAUACAGGAAUCAGGGAGGCGGGAAUUGACGUUCGGCUCGGAGAUAUUGGAGCCGCCAUACAAGAAGUCAUGGAGUCUUAUGAAGUCGAAAUUGGUGGAAAGACGUUUCAAGUCAAGAGUGUGCGGGGUCUUAGCGGACACAGUAUUGGUCCGUAUCAGAUCCACGCCGGUAAAAGUGUGCCGAUGGUCAAGGGCGGAGAGCAAACAAAGAUGGAAGAAGGAGAGUUUUUUGCCAUCGAGACCUUUGGAACCACCGGCAAAGGGUAUGUGAGGGAAGACUUAGAAUGCAGCCAUUACACGAAGAACUUCGACGUGGGACACGUGCCACUCAGACUGCAAAAAGCCAAGCAGUUGUUGGGAACCAUCGACAAGCACUUCUCUACUCUUGCGUUUUGUAAACGUUAUUUGGAUCGUAUUGGAGAGACGAAAUACCUUAUGGCGUUGAAGAACUUGUGCGAUCAAGGUGUUGUUACGGCGUUACCGCCUCUUUGUGAUGUUAAAGGAAGUUAUGUUGCACAGUUUGAGCACACAAUCUUUCUGCGGCCUACUUGCAAGGAAGUUUUAUCUCGAGGAGACGAUUUUUAGUUGGUUACAGCGUAGACCGUCAUUGGUUGCCAACGACUGUGUGGAAAUGGUGUUGUUGGACACAGACUCGGUUGUUUUCUCACCUGUUACGAGAAGUCAGAUACAAGUAUCAUUUACUUUCUUAUAUUUUUGGGGACAAACUUUGAAAGUGUUACUGUAAUGUACAAAUUGUGUGCACGAUCUUGUAAGUUGUGCCACGUUUUCUACUCCAUCUUAUAGACGACUGAAGAUAGAAUAUGAGACCGUGCUUAGUAGAUCAUAGGUAAGUAGAGUAGUCCUUGGGGAAAUGUUGCUCCUUCUCUACAUGCCUUACCUUAGACAUGAAAGAGAGAAUGUGAACUGUUCGGUUUGAAGAUAAUCAGCUGUGAUGAAAUAUCAGAAAGUGAAGAAAUUCUCGUGGAUUCUU